AUGGUUAAUUUCCAGAUCUCUGCUGCGAGCGCUGUCGCUAUCUUGGCCAGCGUUUCGCAGGUAUCCGCCCACGUUCGUUUCUUGCAGUCGUGGGGUAGCUACAACCACAAAGUAGGCGGUGGUGCCCUCGGUCACCUUUACUAUUACGCAGCAAAGAAUCACGGACCUAACCAAUGGCCUGGUCAAUGGGACGUCAUCGCUUUCAGUACUCCAGUUGUCCCAGCCUGGUGGCCAAGCCCCCACGCAGGGAAACCUCGCCAGUGGAUGAGUCAAGGCUGUGGCGCAAGUCUGCAAACGGUUUAUGAUUACGCCUAUUCAGUCAAUCCUGGGUUGGCUGCACCACCAUCUCUCCUUCCCGGGGAUAAAUGGGGAGAGCUCUGGAAACAUCGAAACUAUCAUGUUUUUAUGGCACCCGUUCAUGGGAAUGCUUAUAUUCAAACAAAACAGGCGGUACUAAAGGAGAUAACUGAGGGUAGAAUGGCAUUGGCCACUCCGGGAGGAUGGGUCGAGAUCGCAACUUAUCAAGUGAACGAUGACGGUGCAGGUCCUUUCAGAUGCCGAAUCGAUGAGACCGGUACUGGGCAGCACUUUACCGACUGGGUUUAUCCUGUCAGACAGCCCCCUGGAGAGCAUGGAAAAGCCAGCAUUGGUCCAUGGUGGAACAACCAACAAUCAAUCAUCAGAGUCAACCUCCCAGCGGGCAUCAAGUGUGCCGGUCAAUAUUCCAAAGGGUUCCAGAAUGUGUGCAUGCUGCGCUGCGAGAACUACGCUCCCAAUGGACCGUUCGGAGCUUGCGUGCCAUUCCAAGUCAUGUACCCACAAGAGGCCCCUAAGCCCGCACCUGUUCCAGUCAAGGUUGAGCCAAAGGUGGAACCAGAACCCCCCAAGGGCAACCCCGGAUACGAUGUUGGACAAAGUAACUACAAGGAAAACAGUUAUUAUAAAAACAAGAGACGUGCGGUGUCUGCGGUUGAAACACGAGCUAUGAGACGUGCUGUCUCUAUGGCUGGUACACGGGCUAUUGAAAAGGAAGAGAAAAUGAGGAAACGUGCUGCUCAGCCUGCUGACGCUGGAGCUGGUACUCAUGCCCUCGAGGCUGAAGAAAAGAGACUUGGACAUUCAUCAAGCAAACGUGCUGCUCAGCCUGCUGAUGCUGGAGCUGGUACUAAUGCCCUCGAGGCUGAAGAAGGGAAGCUUGGACAUAAAGCCAAUUAA